UUUUCAAAAUAUAUAAAUAUUUAUACAUAAAAUGGCUAAUACUCGUUUCUAUUGUUGUUGUAAUAAGUUAGAGUGUCCACAAUUAAAAGUAUUUAAUGAAUCUUUUAAAAAGACAGAGGAGGAUGCGUUUUUGGCUGCGGAAAUUGGUCAAAUGCUCUUACUAGAAAAAAAUAACAAUAAAGAAAUAUCAAUCAAAGAAUAUAACAGCUUUAAAGAGACUUUACAAGAAUCAAAAGAACUUUAUGCAGAGAAUGUGGACCUAAACAAGAUGAUUACCGUACUUCAAUCCGAGAUUCAACUCUUGAAAGAACAGCAUUCAGUUGAAAUAGAUCAUUACAAGAGAGAACUUGAAAGAAUAAACUAUUCUAAACAAGAAUUAUUAAAUACAGAAGAAAGACAUGAAAGUCAAAUUUCAGACUUAAAACAAGAAUUAGAACAUCUUCAAAAGACUGAAAAUCAUCUUCGUAACAAAUAUAAAAGACUUGGAUCUAAUUAUGAGACAUUACAGUUAUCAUACGAUGCAGUCUUAAAAGAACAUGAUACUUUACUUUAUUCUUUAUCAAUGCCUGAUAGAAACAAAAAUCAUAUAAAAGAAUUGGCUGCUAAUAAUACAAAAGAUAAUGCAUGUAUGUCAAGUAUGACUAUUUCACCAAAUAAUAAUAGAAAAGCUGUGGAAGAUGGAAAUCUGUUUGAACUCUUACAUACCGUCACUCAACAAACAUUGGAUAAAAUUAACGCAACAGAUACUCGUGUAUUAAACAGAAAGUUACGUAAAGUCUUUGAUAUGACUGAAUUGAGUAACAAAAGUAAUUCUAUCUUGAGAGGCAUUCUUGCGGAUGAUUUAUCGACUUUCAGGUCACAAUUUAAUUGGACUCAUCAUGAUCCUACUUUAACUUCCUUUUUCUCACUUGUCACUUGUAUAAAAGGUCUUUUACAAGAAUUAGGUUCAAUGAAAAUGACUUUAAAUGAUUUACAAGCUGAUUAUGUAAGGCGAAUUGAACAAUUAACUCAAUAUCCACAUGGCAACUACUGCUUGACUGCAAUGUCACUUUCCAAGUAUAAACCAGAUACACUUGUUCAAGUCAAAAAAGAACGACGACAAUCAAAAAAUAAUGGUUUCAUUCAAGGAUUAGUAUCCAUAUUCACAGUACAAUAAAACAAAAAAAGAUGAUCUUUAUUUAUUUAAAAAAUGCUUCUUUAAAGGGUAUUUCUUUUAAUUAUUCAGAAAUAAACUUCCAUAUAUAAUUUGUCGUGAAUUCAGGAGAAUAUUCAUUAAUAGCAAAUGUACGGAUAUCUUGCUCGUUUGCUGAGGCUUAUUUAACAAGUAUAAAUUGAAUUAAUAAAAUAAUUCAGCAUAUCCUAUUUCUCUAGUCAAAUCAUCCAUACUUACUCAGUAUUACUUUCUCGAUUUUAUUGUUAUCUUCUAUUCGUGGUCUUACGCCUAAUCCACGAUAAA